CGGGGAGUGGUGGGGCCCGGAACGAGUCCCUGACUCUCGGUUCAGUCGCUGUUCGAACGCCGGGCCCCGACGGUGCGUUGCGCGGCCUCAUCCGGACCCUCGCCGAUUCGUCUCUCUCCGUAUAAAAACGAGCACGUUCCUUUUCCGCGUGAUCCCCUCGUGAGACAAAAGUUGCCGGGCCGAGAGAAAGAGGGAGGCAAGUCCAGUGCGCAACGACGCGCGGCGUUCAUCGUUGUUAUCCUUCCCCUCUCCUCCUUCGAUUCUCGAGUGUUUCGAGCGAGUCGAAUCGAGAUCCGUUUUGGGGAUCGAUCGCCGGGCCGCGAUCGCGAGAGCUCGACGCUCGGAAAAGGUGAGGCGAAAGUUGUGAGGUGGCGAAAGGGAUCUCGGUGGACCGACGAAAAGAAACCGAAGAGGAGCUAGAGAAAAAGAGAGCGUGUCGGGACAGGUCUCUCCGUCCAGCGAGAAAGAGAUUUCGAGGAAACCCAAGCGAGCCAGCCUCUCUCGCCGACCAACAGGAAAAAAGCCGAUCGACCAAUAAGCGCGUGGUUCCCGCGCGAUUGGCCCGUGGGGAAACGAAACGACCACAGAAUCGUGCGAAUCUAGCUUGGGUUCCUCCGUGGAUUUCGGAAACGGGUUUUACCUAGCCAGACUUCGGCCGACGCUGAUCUCGAGAAAGGUGGACAGCAACGUGACCGAGGAACAAGAUGGCGGUGUUCGGCUUGGUGUCGGCUGUGGCCGGGUUCGUCAAGGUACGAUACCUCGUGGACAAGGCGAUAAUCGAUAACAUGGUCUUCAGGGCUCAUUACCGAGUCACCUCCGCGAUUCUCUUCGCCUGUUGCAUCAUCGUGUCUGCCAAUAACCUCAUAGGCGACCCGAUAAACUGUCUGAGCGACGUAGGGGUGCCGGAGAACGUGAUCAACACGUACUGCUGGAUCACGUACACGUUCUCGCUGCCCCAGAACAACGGCAAGCCGAUCGGCAGCCACGUGGCGCACCCCGGGCUCGGCACCGACGUCGGCGAGAAGAGGUACCAUUCGUAUUAUCAGUGGGUCCCGUUCAUGCUGUUCUUCCAAGGGAUACUGUUCUACAUACCGCACUGGAUAUGGAAGCAGUGGGAGGAGGGCAAGAUCCGCAUGAUAUCCGAGGGCAUGAGGGGAGCGAUGCUCGACAACAAGCUCGAGCGCAAGGCGAAGUCCCAGCGGCUGGUCAAGUACAUCACCGACACGAUGCACCUGCACAACACCUACGCGGCGGGCUACUUCUUCUGCGAGGCGCUCAACUUUGUCAACGUGGUCGGCAACAUAUUCUUCGUGGACACGUUCCUCGGCGGCGCGUUCCUGUCGUACGGCACGGACGUGUUGAAGUUCAGCAACAUGAAUCAAGAGCAACGCACCGACCCCAUGGUGGAAAUCUUCCCUCGCGUGACCAAGUGCACCUUCCACAAAUUCGGAGCUUCCGGCACCAUCCAGAAACUGGACGCCCUAUGUGUCCUGGCUUUGAACAUCCUCAAUGAGAAAAUCUACAUAUUCCUGUGGUUCUGGUUCAUCCUUCUUGCGGUGCUAUCCGGCGUAGCGAUGCUUUACAGCAUGGCCGUGGUCCUCUUGCCCAGCACCAGGGAAACUAUCCUUAAGAAACGGUUCAAGUUCGCUACGCCAUCGGCUGUCAGCGCGCUCAUCAGGAAAACACAGGUCGGAGACUUCCUGCUGCUCCAUCUGCUCGGCCAGAACAUGAACGUGAUGAUGUUCAAGGAGGUCCUCGACGAGCUGUACCGUCAAAUGCACCUCGGCUCGACGAGCGAGGCGUCGCCGACGUCGGUGCCGUCGGCGCCCAGCACCCUCGAGAUGUCGCCCAUCUACCCGGAGAUCGAGAAAUACGCGAAGGACACCGAGAUCUAAUCCUGCCGCGCCCCGUGCCCCGCGCCGCCUCUUUCCGACCACUGUCCUCUCUUUUCUUUCUUCUCUAUUGUGAUAAACGCCGGGGGGUGGUGGAGCCCCUCGGCCUCGCGUGACAGGUUUCCGUGCCGGGAACGGGCCGCGCGGCGAUGAAUCGUUCGUCACCGGGGAAUAAUAAACUCGUCGGACGACGGGAUGCUUGCCACAGACAUCGACUCGCGGUGAUCGACACUGGAACUACCGAGCUGUUGACCCUUUGCGCUGGUGACCUUCGAUCGCCUUUCGCUUCGAUGAGAAUCAUGUUUCUGUUCGUUAAGUUUCGUGUAUUAAGACAUUUUGUCCUGCAAUCUUUCUGUGGAAACGAGAAGAUGGUAUUUUUCUGAUCGCGAACGUCGAGAGAUAGUAUAUUUAAGUUUAAUGCGUCUAAGUUGAAGAAAGCACUGUUGAGGAAAAUAUUUUAGCUUCGAUGAUUGUGAAGAAAUCGAUCUGGUAGUUCUAAUGUUGAGGGACAAAAUUGAGAACAGCUUUGUAGACGAUUCCAGAAACAUCGCCGCGACGAACGCUGUUCCCGGUGCCAACCAAUGUUAUAGACAAUCGAACAACUAUGCAAUGUAAUCGACACGCGCUGUUAAAUUAUGGCGAGCAGACAUUCACCUAUGAGAAGCCUCUUGUACAAAUAGAAACUGUGUACUGCGGAUUUUUAUAUGAAUUUACUGUUUUAGCGAAACUCAGGAAAAAUAGGAUGUUAACUACUGUAUUAAUGAUUUCAUUGGAUCAGGAAGUUGCAAUUCGGUUAAUUUGAUUAAUGUUACAAGUUUCUAUUUGAUCGUACAAAAGGCGUUAAGAUGAAGGUUUCCGUCGACGCAAUUAUUUUUCAGCCUCAUAGCUAUAGAUCGCGUCGCCUGCAAUCCGUGAGCGAUUCAACGCGAGUAGCAUUCCUUUAGAAAUGAUUUGCCACGAUCGUGGUCGAACGACAUAAUUUUCGCGGUGCGUCAAUUACUCCCAGCGAAAUUCAUACCCGAGGGGUGGAUUAUAUUCAAUUUCGUACGGCUCGUACGAAAAGAGCGUGGUUAUACUCAGUGCUUCCGAAAAUUCUUUGGAAAUAAUGGUGACAUAUCUUUUGUAGCAAUACAAAUAAUCAAACGGCUGAAAGAGCCGUCGUAGAUCGUAACGUAACUGAUAGUGGCGAUACGUUGAAUCUCGUAGCAGGGUUGUAUUCUUGGCGACGAAAGAAUCUCAAGAUUUUCUCUUUUUUUUUCUUUCUUAUUUUUCCCCCUGUCUUCUUUCGAUAUCACAGUACGGAUUUAUUUAAUUAUCCAAACGCUAAAGUGCCACGCGCAAUUAUCCAUAUUGGUGCAAUUAUCCAUAGAGCGAGGAAACGUUAGAGUAUAUAUAAAUAUAUAUGUACCUGGGAUGAAUCGUCUGAAAGUAAAAUUUGUAAGGGAAAGAAUAUGGAAAAGAUGAAAAAUAUCUUCGUUGCAAUGUCAGCCAUGUUAACUACUUCAAGCGAGACGUAUUUUCCCUUGAGAAUUUCUUUGUGUCUUUGAAGUAAACGAGGAUAUUCAAGAUUAUAUUUUCAGACGAUUCGUCCCGCGUACGGUCGCUUCGCGGUUAUAUUUUUCAUUGAAUAUUCGAGAUAAGAUUGACAUUUAAAUUGGAGGUAGCGGAGAAUCUGUGAAUGCUAGGGGAAACGGCAGUGCGCCGUUUCUACUUACCCGUGAGGAAGGAAAAUUGUAUAAAGAAAAUGGACACGUGUAUUGAUGUCCGCGGGACGUUGGACCCGAACGUUCUCGCAAGAUUAAGGCUGCGCGUUCAUUACGAAUAGUUGUAGAUGGUUACGUUAAUAUUCUAUUUUUUCGUUACGAUUGAAUAUUAUUUGCCACGUGGCGAGGGUAACGUUUCAUUUAACUGGUGUCGCGAGAUUAAGUUUCGAAGGUGAUCGGUGGUGAUCGCCGACAACGAAGCAUAAUAAGUAGACCGUGGGUUUUUGUGCGGGUUCGAGUGUUUGAAAAUCUAAUUGGUAAGACAGAAUGACCUUAGAAAAUGAUUUCCCGUAAGGGAUAACAUAGAGAGUACCAUACUUUGAAUAUCUCAUUCUGUAAUUGAACGAAUUCUGUCAAAAGUUGCACAAAAAUCCGCAGUCUAACAAUAACGCAGCUAGCCGCGUGUUUUCUUUUGCUCACGUCUCGUGUUCUCUCAAAUUGCUCGCGAGAACGAUACACUAUGCUGCCGCUAAGUAUACAAUUGACAAUAAUAACUCUUUGACUACUUGGUAGUUCUUUUUCUCCUAGUUACGGUGACUCGCGUGUUUGUCCAAAUCCGUUCGCACGAACAAGGCAAAUCUGUUUGUAAAGAACCAAUAGUAUUAUAAAAACGCAAGACGGAGAAUUUACUAAUAUUCUUAGCAUUCGAAUCAGUUCAUUGGGAAAUACGAAUCGCGCGAGUCACCGUGUAUACUAUUACUAUUAGUCGCGUUUCAAGUGAUAUAUUAAGAUAGACUUAGAUUAAGGCGAACGUGAGAGAGUGAGAGAGAGAGAGUGAAAGAGAGAGAGAGAGAGAGAGAGAUAUGAUAUAUAAUAGAUUUAGCAAUUAUUCGCAACGUGCCUUUCCAGUAGGAUUACCGAUUUAUUUUAGAGCCUAGACGCCCUGUUGCAACACGUUCGAAGAAACGAGUGCUCAUUUGUAAAGGGUCGCGGCGUGCGUAGUCAAAACGAAGCGAAGACUGCCAAACCACGUGCAAACGUUUAGACUGUAAGCGGGCAGCGAAGAGAAAGACAACGGAACGGUUCAACUAUAGAAUAAAGUUAUACUCUUUCUAA